AUGAUUCCUCCAGUCGCCGAGCCAGAAGACCCAACUACGCAGGUACCUUGGCCCACUCGUACAAGGGUAACCAGCGAUGCUCCUUCGUCCACGGUGGUAGAGUCAAAUGAGGUUGAGGAUGUGGCUAAGGGAGUUUUGGUGCCUGCAAAGAGACGACUCUCGACAUGGGAUCUUAUUACACUGAGCAUUUCUAUGGCUGGGGCUCAGAUAGCGUGGACGGUCGAGCUUGGCUACGGCACGCCGUUUCUUCUUGGAUUGGGCAUUUCGGAACAACUGACUUCGCUGGUGUGGCUGGCUGGGCCAAUCAGCGGACUUAUCGCGCAACCAGUCAUCGGCGCCAUCAGCGACUCUUCAACGUCCAAAUACCGCCGACGAUACUGGAUCAUACUCUCAACUGUGGCUCUCGUCUUCUCGACACUUAUACUUGCUUACUGCGAAGCACUUGCCGGAUUCCUCGUGGAUCUCUUCUCUCUCGGGAAUGGAAUUUGGGACGAGAAGCGCAACACAUAUGCGAAGAACACAGCGAUUGGACUAGCCAUCUUCUCGUUCUACAUUCUUGAUUUCGCUCUCAAUGCACUCCAAGCCUCUUUGCGGAACCUUCUGCUUGAUAUCGCACCAGCGUCGCAGCUCAACUCUGGCAAUGCUUGGCAUGGCAGGAUGACGAAUGCCGGCAAUAUCAUCGGUUUUGGAUUUGGUUUCCUUCCUCUUGCUGAGCUUCCCUUGAUCAAGCUACUUGGUGGCAGUCAAUUCCGCAAGUUUUGUAUCAUCUGCAUCGUUAUUCUCGUUGCCACAGUUUGGAUCACUUGUUAUCUUCAUGAAGAACAAGAACGUCCUGCAGUGGCUAAUCAAAGAGGUCAAACAAAAGAGGUCCUAGAGAAUAUCAAGAAUGCCAUAUUCAACCUUCCGCGACCGAUCCGCAGAGUUUGCUACGUCCAACUAUUUGCGUUUAUGGGCUGGUUUCCCUUCCUCUUUUACGCUACAACUUAUGUUGGGCAGGUAAUGGCGGAAGAAAUUGGCCGGGAGCCAGACCCCGAGUUGGCUACGAGAAAGGGCGAAUUUGCGAUGCUCAUUUACAGCAUUGUUGCUGUCGUAUCUGGAACGAUUCUACCGCACCUUGCUAAUCGUGACCGGCGUCUCAUGGCCCAACAAGGUGACGACGAUGUCGAUGCUGAGUUGACUCGCAUUCGAGGAAUGGUACGGCAAUGGAAGAUUGAUGCGGCCCGGCAAGGAAAGCCCCUUCGGCUCCCCGUUAUGCCCUUCCUUCUGCGAAACAUCUGGACCGGCGCGUUACUGUUGUUCACCGUGUUGACUAUGUCAACCUUGUUCAUUCAUACGGUCUUUCAGGCUACAAUAUUCAUUAGCUUGAUCGGCAUUUGCUGGUCUGUUGCAAUGUGGGCACCAUUCGCAAUCAUCAUGGAGCUGCUGAAAGACCUGUCGACGCCUCCGACUAUACGUCCAACUCACUCACGAACCCUCUCGGUUCCCGUGCAGACCCGCCGCGGAAGCGACGAGAGGCAGCCAUUACUUCGCCGACGUCGAUCUUUCGACGCAUAUGAUGCUGAGCAAGAAGAGGUGCCACCAGCAGCGCGUGUUGCGGGUGGAACAAUCCUCGGGGUCCAUAAUUUAGCAAUCGUGGCGCCUCAACUAAUUGUUGCGAUUGUGACCAGCAUAAUAUUCCAAACAGUUGACGGAAAUGUUCCUGCUGAACAUGGAGGGGAAGGCACCUACUUUGGGAAACACGGUGUCGGGUGGGUCCUCCGUUUUGGCGGAGCGGCAACCCUUGUUGGCGCGAUGUUCGCGCGAAGGGUACCUCCAACUCCCACUGAGAAAGCGAUGAGACGUCGCCUGGGAGAGAUGAUGGUGCUGAGAGAGGAUUCGACGCCAUGA